GUUGUUUGCAUCGUGAUGUCCGUGCUGGGCAUGGCAGCCCACUGGCCACCAUCAUCCAUUGGGAGUGAUGAUCUUGGCAAACGAGAGCCCGCAACGACGGCUGCUACUGGUCUGCCCGACGCGGAAAUGCGGAAAAUGUUGCUUACGAAUCGCGACUAUGGGAACAUGUCAGAGUUUCACUUUCUAAUCACUGGCGGAUAUCGGCCAGAGACGAAUAAUCUGGUCAAGUAUGUGGUGUCGGUGCGGACCAACAGGGAGCGCAAAUUCUUUGGCGAUAAUCACUUUUGCGGCGGAGCAGUCAUAUCCUCGACGGUUAUAUUGACAGCUGGCCAUUGCCUCUACUCGGGCACCACGCGGAUAAGGGCCAGCAGGAUCAAGGUUGUGGCCGGUACACCGCGACGGCUGCAGCGCACAGGGCAAACGCAGGUGAGAGAUGUCUAUGCGGUGAAGCCUCAUCCCAAGUACACACCAAAGCGACUCAAGAACGACAUUGGGCUGCUGCUGCUCAAGAAACCCCUCAAUCCCAACGGGCAGUUUGUGCAAAUAAUUCCUCUAUCCACCGCCACGCCACAGCCCGGCUUGAAGUGCACCGUCGUUGGCUGGGGUACGGUCAUACAGUUUGGUCCCACGCCCGACGAGGCCGUCAAUGGUGAUGUGUCCGUCAAUGACAAUUCCUUCUGCGGCUCACUGGAGGGCUUUGGCAAGGGCAUGAUUUGUGCCUCGGACGCCACCGAUCACGAGGUGGACAGCUGUCAGGGCGACUCCGGUGGCCCCCUCAUGUGCGACAACAUUGUUGUUGGCGUCGUCUCAUUCGGCGCCGGCUGCGGUGAACCCAAUUCGGCCGGCGUCUACUCAAACGUUCACUACUUUCGUGAUUGGAUAAAGACAAACAGCAGCACUCGAUAUGAGGUAGCCGUCACCGUGCAACUACUCCUAAGCCAGCUGCUUUUGCUGCUGAUUCAUGUAUCAAUAAAUGUUUAUUAG